UUUGCAACGUGUGACAGAGCUGUCAAAAUGAAUCUAACCUCAAAACUCCAACUCAAAUUUAAUUGUAUCAUAUGUUAUAAUGUUUUCUGCGAUAGUUUACAUAAAUAGAAUAGCAGAGAUUACCUAGAAUGAACAUAUUAGUUAUAGUUAUAUCUGUUUUGUUAUCUGUGAUAUGCGUUCUGUUAGCUUUACUACAACACUACUACUUCAUUAAUAGAAUAACACGUAAGUCUUCAAUACGCUAUGAAGUUCCUGUGUUCGAGGACUUGAUACCGUCUGCAAAUGAAAAAAAAAUCGCCGUGUCGUACCCGCUGCAAAAAAUGACAUAUGAUGAAGAAGUAUUCGAUGAUGAUGCUGUCCUCAGUGGCCUAUCGGCUGCAUUACUGCCUGGACCAAACGUGAAGGAAACAAAGUCUAAUUUCAUAGGAAGUGAGAAACUAACAGGAUCUGAGAGCGAGGUUUAUAACACUCUACAAGCUGCCAUAGCAUUUAAAUUAUCAGGGAAAAGCCUUAAAGCAAUGAAAUUGUUUGAGCAUGCAGCUGCUAUAGCCCCCAAGAAUGCUGAUGUGCUUAAUAGAUAUGGGGAAUUCCUUGAGCAAAAUCAAAGGGAUAUUGUCACAGCAGAUGAGUUGUACUUUAAGGCUUUAACAUAUUCCCCUGAUCAUCAAGCAGCUUUAAUGAAUAGAAAAAGAACAGCUGAGGUUGUAGAAGGAUUGGAUUUUGAUUUACUGAAAAAAAUUGAUGCCAAAAACGACUUUUUGAAAAAUAGGUUUAAACUGGACUCCUUUGAGGCAGUUAAAAAGCAAGCUUACUACUUACAUAUAUACCAUACAGUUGGUAUAGAGGGAAAUACCAUGACAGUUCAACAAUUACGUUACCUACUGCAAACUGGACAAGUUGUGAAUGGGAAAAGUAUUAUUGAGCAUAACGAGAUUUUGGGGCUGGAAAAGGCAAUGCAGUAUAUAAAAUUAUUGGUCAAGUCAAGCUAUAUAGGGAUCAGGGAAAUAUUGGGUAUACAUAGACGCGUCAUGGGGCAUGUAGACCCUCUGAAAUCUGGAAUGUUUCGUGAUGAAAAAGUUUUUGUUGGAAGUCACAUCCCUCCAAGCCAUGACUUGGUCCCCUCCCUGAUGGAGAGCUACUGUGAUUGGCUGAACUCCGAAGAAGCUCAAAGUAUGCAUCCAGUCCGUUAUGCAGCUUUAGCUCACUACAAGUUGGUCGAUAUCCAUCCAUUUACAGAUGGAAAUGGACGCACUAGCAGACUUAUAAUGAAUUUGAUUCUACUCAAAGCUGGUUAUCCACCUGUGAUGAUUCUCAAGGAGCAAAGGGAAAAAUAUUAUGACGCGCUUAAAACGGCUAAUUUGGGCGAUGUUAGGCCUUUUGUAAGAUUUGUCGCACAAUGUACAUUACAGAUACUGGAUAUGUAUAUCUAUGGCACAAGAUUAUUAUCCAUUGACGGUAUUUCGGAUGAUGAACACCAAAUUAUAAACUAUUGAUACCAAAAUUAUUUAUUCCUUCCAUUAAAUAAAAC